UUAGGCUUUUAUUUGAGAGAACCUUUACUUCCGCCCCCGAGUUCUCGCGUGAAGUGGCUGAAAUCACGCGCUGCUGCAGUCAGUGAGCUCAGGCUGCAGCAGAGAUGAGUGGUCCAGUGGCUCAUGCGGAAAAUGCUCAUGUGGCUGUAUGGAUUGCGUUGAAGAGGCUUGACCUUAAUGAUGACAGAGUGAUAGCUCUGAGAGAAGUUCACAUUCCCAGAGGGACAAAAAUGACCACAGUGAGACAGAUUGUAGCUCAUUCUUUCAGACUGGACGUUGCUAAAGUCACCUUCAAGUUACGAAACAGUCAAGGCUUUUUAAUCCCUUUGAAUGGCUGUAUACCAGUGAACACCAAACAAAUGCCUUAUGUCUUGGAGGUGGCCAGAUAUUUUCAGCAUGUUAAUGCAAAACCCAGAAACAUUGCCCUGACGGUCAUAAACAGAAGCUUGAAGUCAAGACUACAGAGUAUUGUGAGAAGGAUUGAAAGACUAGAAGAGCUCCUGCCUCAAGUCAAGCAAAAGCAGAAUGAGAAAAUGGUCAAGGACAUUGAACUGUUAAACCAGAAGCUGAUAUUCCUACACAAAAGAAUGCAGAUGGCAGAGUCAUACUGCUGGGAGGGAAUGUUUAAACGAGCACCACUCUGGUGAUCUUUUUUUCUGUACUCCACUCCAACCUCCUGUGUAAAAGGAGGAAAUUUGGGUGUUUUUAAAACAGCUAAACUAUGUGCUCAACUAGUUUACCUAGUGAAAUAGUAAUGCCUAAUAACACUUACCAAAGCAUUGUACCACUGGCCAUUCAUCCGAUUCAUAAAUUUAUUCAUUGUGUUACUGCAUAAUGAACAACCUCUCUAUACUUUCAGAAAUAAGCAAGUUCAAUUCAAGUUGACAAGUGUUAAUGAUGACAUUGACAAAAUGACGUAAUAAGGACUUUCUUUCACCUGUACUGAAAAUGGGUUCACUGUGUAAGGUCUUUCAAUACUUGGCACUUUCGUGGCACAUAAGUGCAUUACGAUUUCUUAAAACAGAUUCUAAUAUUAAAGUUUAAAAAAAAACAAAAAACAAAAAAAACUGCAUCAUAGUAAGGCGUUGGGCCACCAGACCACCUUGGCUUUACACCAUUUCAUACUCGUCAAACCAUUCAGUGAGUCCUUGUGCCCUUGGCAGAGACCGUUCCCAUCAGGAUUGAAAUGUUCAGCAUAGGCCCGAUCACUUUGUACUGAUUUGCAGUGUCCCUUCCACCCAAGGGGAAAAGUGGACCAUGUCAGCCAAAUGACAUUCACAACAUAACCGCCACAAUCUUUUCCUUUAAUUUGUUUCCCGUUUAUAUACUGUGAUAGUGGAGACUGAAGCAGGCUUUCUAGAGUAGCUUUUUCGGAUUAUAAAGUGUAACUGCUGAGACACACACACACACACACACACACACACACAGUCCUUCUUUUUCACCUGUUAUAUCAUAAGGAAGAAUUUUGUAGGUUCCAUUAUUUCCACUAGGAGGUU